GUAAACACCGAAUAUAUAUUGGUCUCGCCAAUCGUAGUUAAUGCAAAAUCCUUCACUGCUGCAAAAUUUAUUUCACAUACGAAUCGUUUAAUUAUAUUUGCGCAAAUAUCAUUUUAGCAAAACUAUGUUAUGUUCAAAAUUAUAAUUACUUCUAUUAUUAAUCAAACUGAAACCAUUCCAAAUUUUCAACACCGUGCUUUCUUCUAAUAUUGUGAAGCCAUUGAAUCGGCGUUUCGCUGUCAAGUUCAACAGUUUAGAAACUAGAGAUGACAUUCUCUGCCAAAAAAAUAUCUAUAAUUUAUCCGAUCGAUGAAAUAAUUUUAAAAUACUACGAGUAUCUUAAUAAUAAACCUGUAAACAUUCUUUAAAAUUUUCAAAAAUUUACAUACAUUAAAUUUGUAUGUCUGUAUAUAAAAUUUCAGAAUCAGAAGUUAAUCUUCAACAAUUUCGUAUAUAAAAAAUAAAUAAAAGCACGUAAAGAGGAAGAGGUUAUUACAUCUGAUACUGAAGUAGAAAACAUCAAGAUGAGUUUAUAUAAAAGUGUACAAUUUUCGAUAUAUUUAAAUCAGAAAACAUGGCACAUACUAUCAGCAUAUUCAACUGCGGCAACUAAAAAAGCACAUGCACACGCGCAACGAAAUGUGACCGAUGUGGGAAAAUCUUUGGCUUGCAAAGGGUUCUUGCGGUCACAAAAGCCAUAUCGUCCACCUCAAAAUGUUCCGGACAAAGUACGCUCGAUAUGUAACAAUCUAAAAAUAUCCUUCGCCAACGAUUAUAAAUUAGAAAAUUUGGAAGAAAAAUUUAAAUUUUUAGAUGCAUGUUUUCAAGAUUUUCAACAUAGCGUCCCAAAUUCACAGAUUCAUGAAUUGGAAAGUAUAGGUGAUGUAGUCAAAUUUUACGAGACCUCUGUGAACACCACUGUACCUUAUGAUGCUCUAAAGAAUGCUAAACUUCCAGAAAAUUUACAUAUACAACAUGAUUACGUACGUUUUAAUCCAGACACCGAUACAAAGUUUAAUGGUCAGACCGCAUUCCCAAAGAGUUCGACUCUUGUAACGGGUUUAAAGUAUCGGGGCAAAUUUGAAGGCUAUAAUGCAAAACGUUCUUGGCCAUAAGUUCGUUAUUUCAAUUUUACAAAGUUAAUAUAGUGCAAUUUAAGUUGGUUUAUUAAUAAAACUUAUAUUAAACUAAUA